UAAAUUUUAAUGAGAUAGCUACGACAGGAGGUUUCACCACCAUAUACAUUGUAUAUUGGACUAACUUCUGGUUUGGUGUAUACUAUACAGCAAUCCAUCAGUUAAUCCAAUAUUUUUUUUAUCCUACGGAUCUCCUAAUUCCAGUACAAUACUCUUAAGUACACAAAGUAUUUACAGGUGUUCUUCCCUUUUGCAGGUGAUGCUGGGGCGUGCCUCCUCCGUGCUGUACCGCGCCACCCGCCGGCGGGCCUUCUUCAGGAACGUGACGGUGGUGCUGCCCGCCCACUGGUCCGAGCCCCGCUGCCCCAGGCCCAUUAGCUCCGGCGCCGAGCCCACCUACCCGCCCGCAUUCACCGUCUCCGACCCCCAUCCCGUCUACGGCCACCUGCCCUGGACCAUGCAGGUGGGCGGCUGCGGGCGGCCCGGCACCACGAUACACCUCACGCCGCAGUACAUCGCCGACAGGAACUUCUCGGACACGCUAGGGGAUCCUGGUCGCGUGUUGGUGCAGGAGUGGGCCAAGUACCGCUGGGGAGUGUUUGAGGAGUACGGCCACCCCGACGACCCCCUGUACCCCGCCUUCCACCGCGCCGCCACCCAGUCCCACGCCCCCACCGGCUGCUCCAACAUCCCCGUGCAGGGCUCCACGACUGCUUGUGAAGACUUCCGCGAGGCAUCCUGCAGCUUCACCGCCAGCACGACCAACAACGACGGCGUCACCUCGUCCCUCAUGUACCUGCACCACCUGCCGCACGUCACCCAGUUUUGUGACGCCGCCACGCACCAGUCGGCACCGCCUACCAAGCACAACGCCCUCUGCGGCCACCGAUCCGCCUGGAGUGUGAUCCUCGAGCACCAGGACUUCUCGACCGGCAGCAACCCGGCUGGUGACGCCACUAAGGACGUGACUCCCACCUUCACCUACGUCAAGCCGGCGCCCCCUCGCUAUGUCAUUGUGGUGGAGGACACGGCGAUUAUGAAUGUACAGAAACGCUGGGAGUUCCUACGUAAGGCAGUGCGGAAGCUCCUGGUGUACGAUAUUCCUGCCGGGAGUAUGGUGGGCGUUGUGAAGUUCGACCAGACCGCCUACACCAAGCUGCCCCUCGACAUGCUGCCCUCAACACUCAACGACCGCCAGCGCCUCGCCACCGCCUCCAUGCCCCGCAACCCUUCCAACUAUGCCCAGAGCCAGAAGUGCAUCAUCUGUGGUUUAGAAGAAGCAGCCAGGCUGCUGGCGGAGAAUGGCAACAGUGCAGCCGGCGGGGUCAUUCUUCUCGUCACCUCUGGCUCGCCUCUGCCGCUCACUCCCUACGACGUGGAGCAGAUGGGCGCCGUCGUGACUCAGAGGGGCGUCAGGGUGGUGCCAAUCCUCUACCCCGUCACCUCCCGCAACCCCAAACCUUCACCUGGCGUGGAGAGUCUGGCCCAGCUAUCCGGCACGCAGUCCUUCGCCGUGCUGGACGAGGGGAUCGGCAGUGACUCCAAAGUGUCCAUGAUGGUUGCUCUUAUGGACUCCCUCUACGCAGCCCUCGGACUCUUCAUAAAGGAUGCUGAGAAGCUCCCUCUGGUGGUGCAUAAGCAGGAGUUCCCUGGCGGGAUCGUCAGCUACUCCCAAGGCUUCUUCAACAUCGAUGAGUCUCUGGGCGGGGAAGUGCGCUUCGCCCUCACCUACUACGACCUCGGCCACGUCGGCAACAUGGUGAACCUGAUCGACCCCAAAGGCCGCGUUGUGGAGACGAUGCACAUCCAGGAGGAAGACGGCGACGUGAACACCAUCUUCAUCACCCUGAGGGACGCCAUGGCCGGGGAAUGGCGGUACCGCGUGGAGAAUAAAGCGGACAGUCACCAGUCGCUCUACAUGCGGGUCUGGGCCACUCCUAAAGCCCCCAACAACACUUCUCCUUCGUCCUCCUCGACCGCCAACGCCAUCAGCCUCACCGCCUGGACCUCCAACAAUGCCUCGCCAAUCAACGUCUCGGACACCAAAAACCCAGUGGUGGUGUACGCCCAGGUGUGGUGGGGAGCCUCGCCAGUGGUGGGGGCGCGCGUGGAGGCCUCCCUGCAGCGGCUUGGCGUCAACAGCACAGGGAACCGCUACGCCUCCCACAACUUUUUGCUCUUUGACAACGGCAACGGAGAUGCUGACAUGACCCGCCACGACGGUGUCUACUCCCGCUACCUGCCGCCCAUCGAGGCCCCGGCCGCACGGUACAUACUCACCGUCUCCGUCUCCGACAACUCCGGCGCUGCGCAGAUCAUCCUCUCCUCCCGGCCCACCAUUAUGCCCCGGCCGCGCCUCUACGGGAGCAGCCACAGUCCUUACGCCGGGCAGGUGGGCGUGUCGGGCAUCGGCGCUCAGUACACAAGGACACACGCCUACAACCCAUCCUGGCCUCGGUGCUGCGGCUCCGUGGUGCCCUACAGCACGACGCGCCCCACUGGCCAGCUGUCCCGCACCGUCACCGUGGGCGUCAUCGACAUGGUUGGGGGCGAGCACUCCCUUUCCCACAUCCCCCCCUCACGCGUGGGCAACCUGCGGGCCGUCGUUAAUGCCCCCGCCCAGCAGGUGACCUUCUACUGGACGGCGCCGGGCGACCGACUCGACCACGGCACAGCCAUGGAGUAUGAAAUCGCCUUCUCGCGCAACGCCGCCGCCACGGGCCAAGGCUCGGGCGAGCGCGCGUCGGAGUGGACGUCGCCGAGCAUCGUGGGGACUGACUCCAGCCACACAGUGCGCUGGGGCCGCCACGACGGCGUAUACUACGUGGCCAUGCGUGCCCUGAGCCGCCUGCGCGUGGAGGGUCCAUGGUCCAACACGGCCGAGGUGUUCAUGCCACAUCCGCCCACCACCACAGAAAACAUUCGCGGGUCCACCCAGGGUGGCGCCGUCAGCGGCAGCGUGAGCGAGCUGGGAGUCACGACGCCCCAGCCCACGGCUCUGUCCACCCGCAACAUCUUGGCUAUCGUGGGCGCCGGAUGCGGUAUCUUGGUGGUCAUCCUGAUAAUGGCAGUUUACUACCUGGUGGUGGUGACGCGCCGCCGCCGCCAGAAGCAGGAGAAGAAGACCAUCGACGUACUGGAGCCAGCCACCACCACCAAGGGCGGCUGCGACCCCGACAGCGAGACGGACUCCAUCACCAAGCCGCCGCCCUCUACCGAGGCCCCGGUGGCCGGCGAGGCCGAGGUGCCCGGCAAAAGGGCCAUGAGUCCCAUCCAAUCGUGGCCCGCCUCCACCCUCCUGGCCGAGCACGAGAAGCGCCACCCCCACGACAUGACGGACGGCGGAGAGGGCGGCGACCUGAAUCUCCACCAACCUGACCUGGGCGUGCCCUAUAUGCCCCCCACCCACCAGGUGACCCCCCACCCCUUCUUCUACCACACACCCAAUGGCCACUACAUCGAGGACAACUUAGCCAUGGACAGCGGCUCCAUGAUCUCCACGCAGCCCUCAGAGUCUCUUCACAUGUACAAGGUGGACUCAGGCACCGGCGACUACCCUCAGCCGCCCUCCUCCUCCGUCGCGCCCACACCCGUCUCGUGGGAGGCUGGGCGGCGGCCGGGGCCCACCAAGGUGCCUCCCCCCACCCCCCCUAAGCCCACCUUUGCCCACUUGGGCGGCGUUGCUGCCACACCCCACGGCCAGGAGAGGAAGCGAAGGAACGUGACGCAAGUGUGAGGCGUGGGCAACCCUGCUGCCCCGCGAUGCAACGUUCGCUGGCCGUGAUGGUGUCACGUUCACGUUCAUGUUCUGUUAAAAACUCUGGGCAACACCCACGAACGCGGACAAGGCCGGCGGAACAGGUCAGUCCGGAGCAGCCGCCGCCAGCGGCAGCGCUCCGGCCCUCCUGGGGAAGACACCAGGAGGCCAUCUGACCGAGACCAAUGAUGACAUUCUUCAUUUCUAAAUAAAAGUUGUUUAUCUUCUUUCGAAAACUGGAAUAAGUGAGUGUGUGAGCAUACAGCCGUGGAAGCCUUGUUUGUGGUGUUCACACGGGAUUUACCUCAGUUUGCAUUAAUUUCGUGAAAAAAUAUAAUAGUAAAGGAAUACGUAUAAGGUUCGGCACUUUCUAUCUUGUCUUCAGCAUUAAGAACUUAAAGCCCAUGUCGGUGGUGUCCACAUUGGCUUGCCUUACUUAUAGUGUGUAAUGUUCGUGGGGACACUCGAUGUGAGGGGCGAGGCAGGUGGCUGGCCGGGCGUGGCAUGAGGAGAAGAAACCCUCGGCGAUCACGGUCACUAUUAUUACCAUUAAUUAAGAAAGACCAUCAUGUACGUCAACUGUUGCUUGUAUAGUUAACAACGACCAACAUGCACUGAACUCACCAGCCGCAGGUAACCUUAUCAAGGCUUUAAUGUCACAUAUAAAGAGUGUUAGCUGCCUCCCAGAAGGAUACAUCAGCUAAACCCCAAAACGGAGCUCUUCUGUGAAAGGAAGGGUAUCCAAGUUUAAUAUGCAGCUGGGUAUUCUCUUCUGACAUCUGUAUCGUGGAGCAAAGGAGAGAGAGAGAGAGAGAGAGAGAGAGAGAGAGAGAGAGAGUGUUCCCCGUCACUACCGCAUCUUUUCGGCCCCCGUUCACCCAGAGGCGACUCGCGGAUCACAUAAAUUAAUCACACUUCGAUGUCACGACACUUGUUCACACCGUCCGGGAGUCGCCUCGAGCAAGUGGGUCGGGGGCCGGCAGAUCGCGGGGGAAAGGGGGGACGGGGGAAGCGGCAGUGAAGAGCUGUCAGGUCGCCGUCAGGUCAGUCAUCGUCGCCGCCUCUCAGUGUGACCAUUCCAGUUGUGAAGCUUCGGUCUUGCUGUGCUUCAAGGCUUCGUACCGGGUGAAGCACACGUGUCGCAGCCAAGCUUUACACUUCGUACGAUUUUGUAUUCCUCAUUGUCAUAGUUGUGGAGUGUUCGUCUCGAUGUCUUAGCUUGUCAGUGUCGGGAGGGAGUGUGUCGCGCGCCGGACCCUCAGGAGUGGGCUAUGCUCGCCCCUCUACACGCGUCUUUCCGUUUACUACUUGCAUUAGGAGAAAAAAAAGUUCUCAGAAAUUUAGUUGAGGUAUUAAAAAAAAUUCCUAUUGCCAACAUAAAGAUUGUUCACCAUUCUUUAUCUUGACGGCGCCUCCUUUGUAUACCUCAGUUCAUUUUCAUGCCUCAGCUCAAUUUGUCAGAGCAUUCUUUUUCCUUCUGGUUUGAGUACUAAUUGGUAUCAUGCGUACAAACCGGCGAACAUCCCCUAGGUCACGCCCCUCCGCACUCCACCUGUCCCCCACCAGGGUCGCAACGCUCUUGUACUAAGUAAUAAUAAACUUUGUCGUCCACCUGGGAAAUAUCUGCACAUAAUUUCAUCAUGUAUUUAUAGCUGCACCAUUCUUUUUGUAAAUGAUGUACAUAGAAGUGUUUUGUGCCAAAUUUCAUGUAGGCCAUGUCUAUUUUUGUACUUGUGAUAAACGAGGAACGAGGAAGACUGUGGCGCUGCAAAGAAACUUAAUCAUGGGCGUUGUGAAGGCAAAGACAACUCCUAAGCCCCAACGGACCUUGUCACGUGUAUAGUCUGUGGUGAGUGUGUAGUCGGGAACCCUCAGAUCAGGCAAUACAGGGAAACCCACUACACGAUGUGUGUUUGACGUUUGUGUGAAACCUUAAGUAAUAAAUAAGUAGCUGGAGCAUGAAACUCGCGGGCCACUGAACCUUACAAUAUAAACAGGUUGCUGGAGUGUGAAUCUUCAUGCAUUGAACUGAACCUCUAGCAAAAUAAUUGACCCUCGUGGAGGCAGCGAAGCCGAGCACGCCGCCCCAAGCUCCAUUACGAUCCCCGCAGCCCCUCCCUCAGGCAGGCGCUCGUGGCCCCCUCCUUGCGGUCACUGGGUCAAGGGUUCGUGUGUUGGGGUGCGUGUGGGCGGCCGUCGCGCAGUGCUCGCCACUCGGCCACAGUGUCUGUACAUGAUAAUGAUAGCCUAAGCGCUGCUUCAGUGAAAAGUUAUAUAUAAAUAUCUCAGUGUACUCUAGUAAAGUGAUGUUUUCCUUAGUGAUGGAUUAUCUCGUAGGAACAUUACAGGGAAUAGCACUGGUUGGUAUUAUUACAGUCUUAACAGUUGUCAGUUUUUUUAUUGUAAAAAAAUGAAGUUAACUCACCUGUCGGUCGGCACAACAUGACCACCGAAACCACCGCGGAGGAGGAACAGACCUCAACAGCAGCAGCAGGUGGGUGGAGCGCCGCCCGGCCGCCGCUAGACAGGUGGGCUACCGCUCACCGCCGCCCCUGCCGCGCCUCGCGCGUCCCGGUGGGCACCGACCCCGACUCUGUGCUCAACACUUUCUCACCUUGAACUUCUCAGUGUUUCAUGUUCAACAGCGCUAUCGCUCGCCCGCCCACCCUACCACCCACCCUUACCCGCCCGACCCUCACUCCGCCACCCCUCCCCUCCGGCGCCGCCACCCCCUGCCCCUCAGUGGUCCCCUACCCGUCACCCCCGCACCGAGGACACAGUGCAGAGUUUAAUGAGUUGAGCCGGCCACAGCCUGAAUAGUUUGUUGUACUGGCCAUUUUAUUUUAGUUUUCUGUGAAAACGGAAGUGACCUGUUCAUGUUUAUCUCAUCUCAGAACAUUUUUAUUUUGUUUUACAGUAAGGCAUAUCAACAACCCGCUUUAGCACUUAUGUACCGCUGUAUGAUAAUCAUUAUUGUGUAAGUUUACACACUUGUGUUCUAGAGCGUAAGAGAUCCACCUCAGCUGAGCCGCGACGACGUGACUUGCCGCGACUCGACGCGAGGAUGGUCGUGCACCAGGACGAGGCGACGACGAGCCGAGACGCCGGUCGUAGGGAAGAGUGGAUCACCCCGUCCAUGUCUAUGUAUUGUUGGUGUGUUAAGGGUUAGGAAAACCUACUUGUUUUAUAUGUAACAAUUUCAUUUUGGAUCUCUCUGGCCGAGCAUCAGCGGGGCCUCACCGGCGUGUCGCUCCAAGCACGCGAACAUGCUAAAUUAGGCUUCACAACCAGGCGACUUGGGAAGAGUCGCUCCCUCACAGCUCAAGACUGCAAAGCGUGCUGGACUGACUAGCUGGUGGCGUCCCGCAAGGGCACGGCAGAGCACGGCUAGAUAAACGGACCCAGCAAGCCGUGUGCGAGGGAGGUCACUUUAGCCUCACUUCGUGGUCUCGUCCUGCUCACUCGACUCCCCAGCCCAUGGUGCCCCGUCUCGUGCGGGCGUCACUUCUUGCGCCUGGAAAUCCUAACCCCCUUCCCCUCCCUCGGUGUGGGCAGCAGUCACUAUGCCCACUAGACCACUUGUAAACACUCCCCAAGGUCAAGUAAAUGUGUCAAGAGGUCAGGUAACGUUGCUGGGGGGAUGAGUGACACGGACAAGGCCAGACCAACAAGGCUCCGGACUUAUCUCGUUGUGUGAUGGUUGCUGUCAACUGUUCGUUACGAAGCCACUGUGAUUAUUGUAGUUUAUCAUUAUUACUCCUUAGAUAUUUAUAUGAUGAAAAAAUUAGUGUCACAAUUUUCUCCUUUUUUAAUUUAUCUAGUCGUGGGAUUCAUACAUCAUUGUCCCUGUGUACAGAUCUCUAAAUAAAAAGACUCAUUGC